UAUCGUCUUUCCAUAAUGUGCUUAUUCACGAUUGUCCUGAUACUGGCAGUCCUCAAAUCGGUCUCAGCCAUUAAUCUGACGCAUGUGAAUAGGACUUCGACGACCGGACUAAAUACCUUAUUUCAAUUUCCUACCUGGGCAAAUGAUUCACCUUUGCCAGUAGAAGUUACCGUUGGAAUUGAGAUUGGAGGCCUGGCGGGAUCCGCUAUCAUUACACUCACCAAUCCUUCUGUUGAUGCUUCAAGUAGGGUUGAGAAUCCGUCCAAUUUCUCAUCGAAAACUGUGCACCGUGGACCCUACGAGACCACCAAUUUGACAUCAUGUGCUGCAAACCAUAGUCAUAAUGGAACUGCAGCAUCUACUGGGUUUGGAAUACCCGUCGGGACCAUGACUUCUGUUGGUUACACCAACGAAACUACAGGUCCAUCAGACAAGCCGUUCGCAACGCCGACACCAACAGCUUUCAGCCUUCUCACUAGUGGAGCUAUGCUAAAAAAAGACGAGGUAAACGUAAUAUUGCCUCUUUUGGUUGCUUCAACGUACUUUUUCUAA